GCUGUGGACAAAAGUCACAAUAAUUGACAGCAAAUAGAUUAUUGUGCCUUACUUCUGAUUUGCAAUAGAGGAAACAAUUGUUAGGGUAGAGUAAUCUUUGGAGAAGAAUUAGAAGUUAGACCACACAUAAAGUGAAAUAUUUUCCUGCAAGAAACCUCUGUAAAUAUCAGCUAAAUGGAUCUAUUGGGCAGUCCUGCAACUCAGCAAAGCAGGAAGGAAAAGAAGAUAUUUGGCCUGAAAGUGAAGAAGAAGAAGAAAGGCAUCGCUGACCUGGUCCUGGCAAACAAAGGAGCUGUGGACAGUGAGGUGGAGACUACCUCUGAAGCAUCUCUCCUUCAGGAAGGGGAAACCCCAGAAGACCAGCCUCUCAUUAGAAGAGCAAUAAAACCAAACACAAAGAGGGCCAAACUUCAAACUCGCAUUCAGGACAGCGAAGGAAAACCUGAGAGUUUCCAGAUUGGCAUUAAUAUUACAGAAGCCAGGCAGCUUGUGGGGGAAAACAUAGAUCCCAGUGUAGUGAUUGAGAUUGGAGACGAGAAGAAACAGACAUCCGUCAAGGAAGGAACAAACGCUCCGUUUUACAAUGAGUAUUUCGUCUUUGACUUCUUUGCCCAUAAAGAGAUCUUCUUUGACAAAGUCAUCAAGCUGACGGUUGUUCACUCAAAGAUGCUGAAGACGUUCUCUGUGGGGUCCUUUAAACUGGAUGUUUGGACAGUCUACAAACAGCCAGGUCAUCAGUUUGUCAAUAAGUGGGCAAUGUUGACCAAUCCUGGUGACAUAAGCACUGGUGUCAAAGGAUAUGUUAAAUGUGACAUCAGUGUCUCAUCUAAAGGUGAUGCCGUGCAGCCGGGGCAAAAAGCAAGUGAUGCUGAAGAACAGAUAGAAAAGAACCUCCUGAUCCCAGAGGGGCUUCCCUCUGAACGGCCAUGGGCCCGUUUCUGUGUGAAGGUGUACCGAGCCGAAGGUCUCCCUCGGAACAACUCCAGCAUCAUGGCCAAUGUCACAAAGGCCUUUAUAGGAGACAACACAGCACUCAUUGAUCCAUAUGUUGUUGUAAGCUUCUUCAAACAAGUGGGUCGCACAUCCACCCAAAAGUCUUCAGCAGACCCUGUGUGGAAUGAGCAGAUUGUCUUCACUGAGAUGUUUCCUCCUUUGUGUCAGAGAUUAAAGAUCCAGGUCUGGGAUGAGGGGAGCAUGAAUGAUGUUGCCAUAGGAACCCAUUAUUUUGACCUAAGACGUAUCUCCAAUGAACAAGAUGGAGACAAAGGCUUUUUACCAACUUUCGGUCCUGCUUGGAUUAAUCUGUAUGGCUCAGCUCGAAACUUCUCUUUGGGUGAUGACACAGGGGAACUCAAUGAGGGCAUUGGCGAGGGAGUUUCCUUCAGGGGUAGGGUCUACUUAGAACUGACAGUAGAGAUUCUGUCUGGGGGCACAGGCUCAGACUCCAAACUCAGUCGGAUGAUUAAACCUGUCAAAGACACAAAAGCAGGAAAAGGUGGUGGGAAGGAUGCUAAGUCUUCUGGUGGAGGCGGAGCAGGAGGAGGUACAGGGGCAGCUGAUGAUGACAAAGGAAAAGCAGGAGCAGCAGAGGUCCUGCCUGUUGAUCCUCCUCCGGUGCCAACUGAAGAUGAUGAGACCUUCCUGCUUUUUGGUGCUUUGUUUGAGGCCACCAUGAUUGACCGUAAGAUUGGAGACAAGCCCAUCAGCUUUGAGUUCUCCCUCGGUAACCAUGGUAAUGUCUUAGAGUCUUCCGUCCAACCAAGUACUGCCAGUCCUGCAGUGACUCGGAGGAGAAAGGUGCUGGACAUCCCGGACAGCAGUGACAUUUUUGGCUCCUCCCUCACCCACCCAUCCUCACCUCUCCUCCCCAAAGACCCCUCUGAUUCAUGCAGAGCAUUAAAAUCUACUACACCUCCGGAAAAACCACUCAUCGUCGAGGGAAACAGAUACUACAUGUAUUUACCUCUCGAGAAGAAGAAGCCCUGUGCCAGUGUUGUGAGCUCCUGGGAGGACAGAACCUACCGGUUCUACAACUCCAAUAUGCUGGAAAAUAUUGCUGUGCUGUUUGAGGAGGGUGUGUGUGUUGCUGCUGACCUUCAUAAGAAGCUGGACCCAGCAGCUGAGGCAGCUUUAAGAACUGUGCUCAGAGAGUUUUGUUUGGAUGCCAGGGAUUUUAUUGCCGCUGCAGAGGCCAAACUGAAAGCAGAGCUGAAGAGCAGCUACCUGACAAUCCUGGACAAGAAACGUUUGACCAUGUGCAAACAAGAGCUGGAGAGUAUCGUAGGAGAGGCUGUGAUGCUGGGAGAGAGGAAAACAGCAGCAAGAGGAGUGAAAGAAAUGCUACAAGAAUCAACUAAGCUAGCACAAAAACUACGUUUCCUUGUGGAGGAGCCCCAGCACACAGUCCCAGACAUGUUUGUGUGGUUGCUAAGCAAUAACAAACGUGUUGCAUAUGCCAGACUUCGAACCAGAGAUCUGCUUUACUCCAGCAACCGGGAGGCCAGAGGAAUUCUCUGUGGGAAGAUAGUAACACUGUAUCUGAAGCCUCCAGGUAGGCGACCUGCAACAUUGUCAGUCCAAGCCAAGCUGGAUGUGUAUUUGUGGUUUGGAGCUUGCUCAGACUCCAGCCAUAUGCUGGAUGACCUGCCUGCAGGAUACAGACCAGCCACAGGGGGCGCCGACAGCAACAGCCCUCCUUCUUACCUGCUUUGCAUGGAGCAGCACAAGUUCCAGCUGCGGUGCCACAUGUAUCAGGCUCGAGGUCUGAUCGCUGCAGACAACACGGGGUUGUCAGACCCAUUUGCGCGAGUCACAUUUCUCUCACACAGCCAAACCACCAAUAUCAUCAGUCAGACUCUCAGUCCUACAUGGAACCAUUGUUUGCUAAUGAGCUCCCUUCUGUUAAGUGGAGACCUGCAGCACAUCCAGGAGGAGCCUCCUCACGUUGUUGUUGAGGUUUAUGAUGACGACGCUCUGGGAAAAGCAGAGUACCUGGGAGCCACAGUGGCCGUCCCUGAGGUGCGCUUGGCCUCUGAGUUGUACUCCCCUAUUCUGCAGUACAGCCCACUUCACUGUGGCAGCCAGUCAGGAGGAGACCUGCUGGCUGCAUUUGAACUGCUGCAGAUUUCAGAGUUUGGCCAGAUGAGUCUGCCAGAGUUAGAAGAACAGGAAGGAGGCAUUUAUACUGUUCCUGCCAACAUCAGGCCAGUUCUCAGCACCUACAGGCUGGAGGUUUUGUUCUGGGGACUGAGGGAGCUAAAGAAGGUUCAGCUCCUGUCUGUUGAUCGGCCACAGGUGUUCAUAGAGUGUGCAGGUAAAACUCUGCGUUCCUCAGUCAUCCAGAAGUACAAAUCCAACCCAAACUUCACCACACUGUUAGAUGCCAUAGAGUUGGAGUUACCAGAAAACGAACAGCUCCAUCCUCCUCUCAGCAUCACAGUCGUUGACUGGCGGGCCUUUGGCCGCAGCACACUGGUUGGAAAUCACAUCAUCAACAACCUCAAGGCCUUCAAGUACACUCUCCCUCCCUCUCACGCAGUUCAGUUACACAAACCACCUGAGGUCACACAAACCCCAAGACUCUCCCUGACACAAGAGCCACACAGUGUGAAGGGGCUGUUUCAGGAUGCUAUAGAGACCCGUUCGACUGUGACUCUGACUAAUCAGGACUUCCUCAUUACUAUGGAGGAUGAAGCUCUGCCUCCAGCUCCACCCACACCAAAACCACAAGCCAAGAAGAAAAAGGAGAGCAGCUCAAAGAGCAUCCACCGGUCCACUAAGAGGAGGAGGCGAACCAUCGCUGAUGAGACUGUAGAGUCUGUCAUUGACUGGUGGUCCAAAUACUACGCUUCUGUGGACAAACAGGCUAAACAGAAGGACAGCUUCCAACUACCUAUUGUGUUUGACAAAGCGUCACCAUACCACAGCUUGCUCAGCGAUGGAGUAGACUCCUUGGUCAGCAGCCAAUCAGAUGGAGACAAGAAGAAGAAACAGAAAGGAAAGGAGACGCUGGAGCUCAACUAUAGUUUACCUACUAAAAUCGCAACACUUCAGCUGUACAGAAAGGAGCUGGAGGUACAGUUUGGUCCAUUUGAUGAUUGGGUCAGCACAUAUGAUCUGUUCAGGGGGAAGGCCAAUGAGGAGGGAACAUCUGAUGAGAGAUUUGUUGGGAAGUUUAAGGGUCGAUUCUGCCUCUAUAAGCUAAGUGAUAAAGAUGAGGAGGAUGGGGAAGAUGUCACAGACACAGGCCACUACAGGGUGAACAGAGGAAUCCCCCCAAACACUUCAGUCCAAGUUCUCAUCCGGAUUUACAUUGUCUCUGCAUCCAACCUGCAUCCAGCCGACCCAGAUGGGAAGGCCGACCCUUACAUUUUUCUUCGCCUUGGAAAAAAUGAAAUCAAAGACAGAGAUAACUACAUACCAAAAGAACUUAACCCUGUUUUUGGACGAUCCUUUGAAAUGCAGGCGACAUUUCCGCAGGAGUCUCUGCUGUCAUUGCUCAUUUAUGACUUUGACUUGGUGGGAGGCGACGACCUGAUUGGAGAGACUCGCAUUGAUCUUGAGAACCGGUUUUUCAGCAGGCACAGAGCUACAUGUGGACUCCCUAGCGAGUACAGUCUAGGAGGUUAUAAUGCCUGGAGAGACUGCCUGAAGCCUUCAGAGCUGCUGUCAAAGAUGUGCAGAGACAACGGAGUGGACGGUCCUCAUUUUAGUCCAGGACGCAUCAUUGUGGCUGACAAAAUCUUCACAGGAAGACUCUCUACAUGCACGAUGAUGAGCCGGUGGAGUCAUAUGAGCACCUGUCUCUGAAGGUCCUGCACCGCUGGGCAGAGAUCCCAGCUGUGGGAUGCCAACUGGUACCAGAACACAUCGAGACCAGAACUCUGUACA